CGCCGACGGCAUUGCGCAUUUCCAAUCCAACCGUCGUGGGCAGCUGAACCACCGAAUAUAAAACUUAAGAAAUAAUCCCCCAUACGAUGCAGCAGAGAUCCCUGAUUUUGGGCCUGAUCGGCUUGACCCUGGUGGGCGUCUGCCACGCCAGUGGGCGGAUCAUGGGCGGCGAGGAGGCGGACCCCACUGCCACGCCCUACGCCGCCUCCCUGCGCGUGGACAACGCCCACGUGUGCGGGGCAUGCAUUAUCUCCGAGACCAAGGUCCUGACCACCGCCCACUGUGUGCACCGCGACGGGAAUCUAAUCGAUGUCAGUCGCCUUUCGUGCCGAGUGGGCAGCACCAAUCAGUACGCCGGCGGAAAGAUAGUGACUGUGGAAUCGGUCGUGGUCCAUCCGGACUACUACCAGCUGACGAACAACCUGGCCGUGAUCACGCUGAGUUCCCCGUUGGCCUACACGGAGCGCAUCAAGGCCAUUCCGGUGGCCGCCAGCGGAGAGGCACUGCCCGCCGAGGGGUCAGAGGUCAGUGUGGCCGGCUGGGGUCGCACCACCGACGGCACCACCUCCUACAAGAUCCGGGAAAUGUCGCUGACGGUGGCCCAGGAGUCGGCCUGCCUGGACGCCUACAGUGACCACAACGAGGACAGCUUCUGCCUGGCCCACGAGCUCAAGGAGGGCACCUGCCACGGCGACGGAGGCAGUGGCGCCGUCUACGGGGACAAGCUGAUCGGCCUGACCAACUUCGUGGUGGGCGCCUGCGGAUCCCGCUACCCGGACGUCUUUGUGCGCCUCUCCAGCUUCUACGACUGGAUCCAGGAGCAGAUCGCUUAGGACUGGAACUACUCUACAUAUCCCCCUCCCAAAAAAAAAAAAAAAUAAUAGUUAUUUC